GUGAUGCCUACUUUAUUGUUGAAUCGAUCGCUUAGUUGUAGAAGUACCCAGAGCCAUCAGGCCUUGGACCCAAUGGAAAUCUUUCAGCCAGGAGUCGCUUGUCGCGUGGAUGGUCGUGGUACUGACCACGAGACAGCACCACUGGUAAAAUACCAGGAGGAGAAGCUAGAAGAACCAGGGAGAGGCCGACUUGUUGAAUCGAUUCAACACGGGAAUCAAGGGAAAACCAUGACGACUUGCUUGCGGGAUAGUCCAGGACUGCGGAAACCCGAAGUGUUUGUUGAAGAUAGUGUCGUGGGAGGCGUCGCGCAAGAACCUUUUUCAACAUCAUUUUUCCAGGCCAAUGCCGACCACCAUAGAGCAAAAGAGGACCUCAACCAGCGACAGGACCUCAACCAGCGACAAAAGGUCGAUGCUGUUUAUGACCACGAAAAUACAGACGCGCUCAGACAAGAAGAUGACGAAUAUUAUGAAGACCCAAGAAAGAGGAUCAGCCAAGCAUCUUCACCAGACAAGACUACAAAAAUGAAGGACCAGGAGGAUAAGCGUACAUUGACGACGUCCAUAUUUUGGCUGCCGCCGAGCAGGUGUGGGAAUCUGCAAUGUAAAGCAUGGCAGACGCCGCCGCCUACUUCCCGACGAUGGCCCAAUCGCCGCGUAGCAUCGCCGCUAACGCGAGACUUUUUUGAAAACUGGUCUGGAAAGACCAGAUCAAAAACUCUUAGGGAUAAAAGGUACUGUAACUUCAGGUUUUAAAGAUACACCAAAGAUACUUUACCAAAUGUGUUCAUCGGAGAUGACGGUACUAGGCACUAAGACGAAGUCAAAUAUCCUUACUACGAAUCUUCGUCCUGCGGUCAUUCCUAGCUAUUCACUCAUCUUCAAAAACGUUAGACAAGAAUUUCCGACUGUCGUUACAGGUCUUGCUCAUUCGAUCUGGCCGAAUCAGGGACUUGUCGUGCUAGGGAAGCGGGCGUUGCAGGUGGUGGUGGACGUGGGAAAAAGACGAAUUUUUUCCCUUCUGCGCCAAUCCGUGGGGCUUCGUCCUCUUGUGUUAUUGUAACGAAACAACUGAGACGAGGGUGCUCUCCAGAGCUUUUCCUGUCGAAACCGCUUACGCCCGCGAGCAGCAGCUCCAGUAGUUGCAGUAGCACCAGCGGGGUUGACGGCAAUCGUGAGGAAAGCAACGCCAGACGACAAAUUGGAGCACACGAUAACCCUGUCGGAAAAAUGAACAAAGCAAAGACCACCCUCCUCGAGGAUGAUGACGAUAGUGAAGACGGGCGACAGAAUGGGCGACUCUUACCUAGUGACGAAGGACUUCGAGGGACUGGUACAGAUCACAAAGGAUCUCGAGGACGCGACGCCAAAGCUGUGUCUCCACCGCGAGGGGCUUUUUCUUCCAUGACCGAAAGAGCGAUGUCGUCUUGUACGGGACCUUUGGAGAAGUCCCUUCUCGUGUCUUCCUCGACUGCGCCGCAGUGGAUGAAAACAAGUAGUGCGACAUCUCUGCAGGAUGAAGGAGGUUUUCAUCAACGACACCAGAAGAAAGAUUCCACGGACUAUAAUACGAGCUGUUCCACUAUCCCCCAUGCAGCCGACAUUAGAAAUUAUUCUUCGCACGCUAUUUCAUCUGGAAAACGAGACGCAAAAACAAAUACAACUUCCUCCGAUGGUCCCAUGGGACAAAAUGAGGGUGAAGCAGAGGAAGGAAAGCAUUUACUUCUGACGUUUGGUGAGAUGGACGAUGUGGAAGAGAGCGCUGAGGUUGACGUAGAAGAUGUUCGUCACCUACUGGCGUCACAAAUAUCGACGCCGGGACCAUCCUCGCGCAGCAGGGCAAACCAAAUAGCAGCAUCUUUUUCUGGCAGAACGUCAUCGGUAUCUGGCUCUUCUUCAUUUCCUACAAUAUUUCUUGCUGGAGCUGGACCACCUAGUCUUGGACCUCCACCGCCUCCUACAGUUGUGGUCGCGCCACCCGCGCGCACAAGUGUAAUGUCAAGUUCGCAUGGAGUAGGCAGCGAGCAGGGUUUUAGUGACGACCUCAGCGAUGACUCAACGGCAGCGUCGCUCGACGGCAGCACGCGGCUGCCCUCGCCAGUCCCUGAACCUGAAGAUUGCCUUGAGGAGGAUCCGGACCCGAUCCUUGUAAUGGAAUGUCCCUCCCUACCCCCUUCAGCUUCACAACUUGUUGACAAUACUUUACUACAGUGUGGGGGAGGCGGAUCAGCAAGCAGCUCUUCGGAAAUCUUCUUCGGAGUUGGAGCAGCGGAUGAGCAUUCGUCUGGUAUAAGUCCACCUGCUGGAGGUCAUCAUGUUAACCAUUCUCUUUUCAACAACAACAACACCAAUCAUGUCGCUCGUAGUCCAGCAGCGGCACUUUCUGUAUCUCCUGUUACUCCGCCAACAUCAAUGAUAAAUCCUCGUACAGCCUUAACCAUUAUAGCUAGCUCGUCUUCUUAUACACCAGCAACAUGCUCAAUAUCUAUGAGCAGCAGCAGCAGCAGCAACAGCGCUACAAAUAGCUUCCGUGCUACACCUUCUGAUAGUUCAACAAUAGAUUUUCCAGUGAAUUCGACCGAUCAACAGACGUUUUUCACGCCACUAUCAAUUUGUGGUUACAACUCGCAACAAAGUACAAGUAGUAACACCGCUGCGCUAGAAGUAGUAGAUCUUGGUGGACCUAGUGCGUCACUAUCUUCCUCGUCUUGGUGUACCUUCGAACAUCCGAACGAUGGCGCUGAGGAUGUCAACGGGCAUCCCAAUACUCUUACCUGUGUUUCAGCGGCUUUGCCGCACAACGGUUCUAGUACCCGUGCUCAUGAUGUGAUGCUGAUGUCGGCUUCAGGUGUAUCGACAACGGGAGGUGAUCGUUCACUUCCAACUGAGGGCCAGGCGUCGAGUAGCAGCGACACUAAUUACACGGUUCGAUGAUUCCCUAAUUAUAAAUAUAUACGUAUAAUGGUACAGCCAGCAGCAGAGGAAGACGAAGAAGGAGACACGGUCACUUACAGAUCAAUGAUAAGUGAACAGGCCAAUGCCUAAAAGAGUUAAUGUUGCGCAACAACAAUGUCUGGUGUAAAGUCAACGAGCAUAAGAUCUAAAGAAGACGAGGUAAUAUGCAAAGGCAGGACUCCUUGUUCCAGAACAUGCAUAAGGAUAACGAGAAGUAUUGCUUUAAAAAGGUUUUUCUUUGCAGACGUACAGCUACUCAUUCGCUCCCUCGCCCUUUCGUCGUUUACAUUAUAAACACUAGGCGGUACUAGAAACAGGAAGCAGAUCGUUAAGGCUUUUUCACCUCCGUACAUGACUACUUCUAAUAGCCCACUAUUACUAUGUAUGACUAGUACUUCCAAGACAAGUCUAACAGUAAGCUCAGACUCAGGAGGUCUUCCAGUUUGAGAUUUUGGUUUUCAGUGAUGUUCGAUCUCGCAACAUUUUGGUGAUGGUAAAGAAGAGUGGAUCAGCAUCGGCCUUCUUCAACUUUCUGACAGGCCGCAAACCGCAAAGGAUUUUGAGCAGAGUUGUGCUGUCAUUCUUCAUCAUUCUGUAGUACGUAUCUUAUAAUUAGUUUACAAGAAUCUUGAUCUUGCAGGUUGACGAGCUGCUUUGCUCCAUGCUCAUGGGUUUUUCUCGUAUCGAUCUGCUGAUGAACCCUGAAUCAUCCGCGGCACCGUUGUGCGCGCACCUAUUACUCAGAUCAUCAUAGGAAAGUAAAACAAGUAUGUUGAAUGGAAAAAAUUGAACUUGAAGAACCCUCCAUGAAGUUUUGAGCAACUCUGAUUCAAAUAGAUAUCCUCUCAGCAUGAUGACCUCAGAUGUUUUCUUGUUCUUUCCUCGAUAGUUCGGGAACCUGCAGUCCUUGGAUUCACUGUGCUCUUCUAUCCGC